GCGGAGUUCAAUGUCAUUGCGCGACACAAACAAACACAGACACACCCGCAGUGUGUGCAAUUCGUGACCAGUGAAUUUUUUUCACUGAUCGUCAGCCGAUGUUUUCUUCUGUUCCGUGGGUAGGCAACGACCUGCCCGUUCGAUCGUGGAGUUCUACCCCCCCUCCUCUUUCUUCCAUCAUUUCUGAACCGUAUUGAGGAAACGAACCGAUCGCUUAUUUUGUUUUUAAUUGCCUUCCGCGUUGGGUCGGUGUGGUUUUUUUGAUGUACACAUGGGAAGAUGUGGCAAGAAACCGAAUGAUCGCGAUAUAACAGGCCGACUGACAAACGACUGUCUCUGGUAAUGUGCGGUUUUAAUCUCCUGUGUUCAUUGCGUUGGCCGCAAACAUGCGGUUCUCUCCAGGUACUAACUGGAUCUGCAGUCAUGAAUGGAAUGGAGCCGACCUAAAGCCUAGUCAUCAUGCUGCCUCUCCCUCCACUGCAGCAAAAUCUGCUCCAUCGUAGUUAAAGCUCAGAGCACAACCACAGAGCGAGAGAGAGAGAAAGAGAGGGACACCGAGCCAGAGAGCAGAGGUUUGCUGAAGCUCAACUGUGGAUUAUGCACACGUGACUCCAUCACCACCAUCACCGCCCAACCCUUCCAGCCAGCAUGCAGGUAUCAAGGAGGGCUCAGCCUGCCUCCCCACAGCUAGCACUCCCAUCGCGGGACUCCUCUGACUUCUCUCCCCCUGGAGGAGAUGGAGGAGGAGGAAGAGGAGAGGAGGAGACAGUCAGCGAGGAGAUGGACUUCUUCACGGAUGAAGAGGUCGGCGAGGAUAUUGGGGCGUACCUGGGUCUGGACAUGGAUCUCUCUGGGUCUUUAGAGGCGUUGGGAGCCAAACUCUCUGAUUCGAGGAUCUCCGCAGAGGAGACCGCAGACUCCCCACGGACUACAGAAGGGGGCGCGGGGGCGUCGGAGGUGCGGGGGCACGACGAGGAGGAGCGGGAGGCCGACCGAACGCGUCUCAGCGAGGAGGAGGAGGCGGCCGCCAGGGAGAAGGCAGCCCAGAGACAGCUGCUGGCCAUCGAGGAGCUGGUCCACACGGAGAGGAACUAUCUGCGGCUGCUGCAGCUGGCUUCAGUCACCAUCAGGAACAACCUGAGCAAGAUGGAGCCUCCUCUAGUGGGCCUGAGCAGUAUGUUCCUCCAUGUGGAGGAGGUGAUGGAGGUGUCUGGUCGGCUCCUCAGCCUCCUGGACCAGAAGCUGGUCAAGCCUGGAGACCCUCAGUACCUCCAUAUCCUCUGUGACUCCUUCCUCAGUAUGUCCCCUGACAUCGAGGAGUCCUACAAAGAGUUCCUGGCCAACUACACCCUGGUGACGACCUUGGAGAACACUUACAAACAAAAGGAGGCGUUGUGGACCGAGAUCGUCAAGGUCAUCAAGACCUCAGCGCCGGAGGUCAACGCCACGUCUCUGAGCUUCUUCCUGGUGAUGCCCGUGCAGCGCAUCGCUCGCUACCCGCUGCUCCUGCAGACCAUCAAGAAGCACACGGAGACGGCGCACCCCGCGUACAAACGCCUGGAGGAGGCCGCGCACACCGCCAUCGCCCUCAACUGCCGCAUCAACGAGUACAAGCGCUUCCGGGAAGUGGCCGAUAAGUACAAGAAGACGGAGACGCUGAGCAUCAAAGAUAAGAUCAACCGCCUGAACAGUCACAGCAUCGCCAAGAAGACCGCUCGCCUCAGCCAGUACAUCAAACACGAGACCGGGAUGGCUUCCAAGCUGGUGGACGAGGAGUUUGACGCCCUGGAGAUGUUCUUCUACGUCCUGGAGAAGGGAAUCCUGGAGCUCCAUGACAACGUUGGGUCCUACCUGCGCCACCUACAGGAGUUCCUGGCGUGCCGGCCAGAGGAGUGUGAUCUAGACCUGGACGGAGACAAACCCGCCAUCUGCUACAAGGAGAUCCAGACGGCUCUCAGACAGUGGAUCCUGCCCACGUUUGAGAAGAGGAUGAGGUCCUUGAUCUACAAACCUCUGUGUUCCCUGAGGGACCUUCUGGCGGGACCCAGGAACCUGAUCCGGAAGAGACUGGACAAGCUGCUGGACUAUGAGGUCCUGGAGGCCCGGCCCAGCCUCAACUACGAGGAGCAGGCCAUCGCCAGCACCUACAGGACCAUCAACACCCUGCUCCUGAAUGAGCUCCCCCAGUUCAACGGCCUGGCUCUGGGCAUGAUGUGGUCCGUCUUGGGGACCUUCAGCUCCCUGCACCUGGACCUCACCUCUGAUAUGGAGCAACUCUUCCAGGGCUUCGCUCAACAGCUUCCCCACAGCUCUCUGGAGCCAGGUGCAUUCUGGGAGUGGGCGGAGCAUGCGGUACUAGAGGGCGCGAGGAACCUGGAGAGUGUGUGUUGCAACGUGGAGGAAACACUCAGCGCCCCAAUCAGCCAGCCCCUGAGCCCGUCCUCCCAGCGCCGGCUGGCCCUCCUCACCCAGAAGCACGGCUCGGAGAAGAUCUUCCAGGUGAGCGGUGCGGUGGUGGGCGGCCGGGACCUGGACCUGAGCCUGGGCCGCGGGGAGCUGGUGGCGGUCGUCAGCCAGAAGGACAGCCGCGGGGACAAGAGGAGGUGGCUGGUGGACGCUGGCGGUCCCAGAGGCUACGCGCCUUCCGCCAAGCUGAUUCGCUAUCGCCAGGCAGUGGAGGACCCGCCCCCUUCCCCCCACCUGACCCUGCCUGUGGUCCCGGCCGGGCAGAGAAGGCACUCCUACUCCCCAGAGACCAGGAGCUUGACCCUGCCAGCCAUGAGCCGGCCCUGCUUCCAGGUGUUUGUGAGCUACGACUUCACGGCCAGCGGCGCCCGCGAGUUCUCCGUGCGCGCGGGCGAAGCCGUGCGCGUCCUGGAGUCUCACGACAAGGGCGGCAACCCCGACUGGAGCCUGGUGGAGGCGGCGCAGGGUCGCCGCGGCUACGUGCCCUCCAACUACCUGGUCGUCAUGCCGACCACGCCCACCGGACAGCCCGCCGCGCCGGGAGCGCUGUCGAGUCGUGCCUCCUUCCACUAGGAGCCGAGGUGGGAAGUGAAGGAAGGAGGAGGCGACGGAUGGAUACGAGACAGUUUGCCAGGAUGCAAUGGUUGCCAUGGAGUCCCAGGAAUUGUUCCUGUUUGACGGCCGAGAGUAAGAGAGGGUGAAACCGUCCCCCUUUUUUGAUAACACGGGCAAUUUAUUCAGAGUAUUCUGAUUGGUCGAUAAGAGACACUGUUUUUGUGUUUGUCGAGCUCGCACGCUGAAACGAAGAGAAGGAGAAAGAGUUUGGUGUUUGUAUGAAGCACCUUUCUUUGUGCCCAUCUCAACAAACGGGAUACAUUAACCAUACCGGUCUAUGUUAUGCUAUUGUGUUAACACUGGUAGCUACACUAGCGUUACCCUCUAGGUGGCGCUGUUCCCUAGAAACCCUGCUUGCAGUCAUGUGAACAAACGAUGAAGAUGAAGGAUUUGUCAACUAUGAACGGUAGAUGAAAGAUGAGGUGUGUGUGUGUGUGUGUGUGUGUGUGUGUGUGUGUGUGUGUGUGUGUGUGUGUGUGUGUGUGUGUGUGUGUGUGUGUGUGUGUGUGUGUGUGUGUGUGUGUGUGUGUGUGUUUGUGCGCGCCCACCCACCCACCCACCCACCCAGUAUGAAGCUCAGCAACUGGAAACUUCUUGGAUGAAACCAUCCUGAUUGGAUAAUCAAACGGUUCAAAUCACAUUAGUUCUGGAGUAAACCAAGACAUGUUUGAAUGUGAAUGCCAAACCCCUAGGGGUGCUUUAAAAUGAGAUUAGGAUGAAAGGGAAACCUUAGUUUCUACAUUUGCAUUGUGCUGCUGUAGGCCUACUGUCAACCGUUUCUGGAACUUGUCUGUUUGAAAGUAAUAAAGGCGUUUAUAUGUCUAACCACUAGAGGGGGUAGGUGGUCUACGAAAGCGAGCGAGGGAGCACGAGAGAGAGCGUUGAUUGCUUGUGAUUUGAACAGAAGAACACAUUACCGUAUUUCAGUAUUUGGUGCCAAUACUUUACGCGCAACCUUAAUAAAACCCCUGUAUAUAUUGUUAUAAUUCUCUAGUGUCAGCUCAACAUUUAUGUAUGUAUUUGGCAUGUUUUGACCUGCUGUCGAUGUACUUUUACUGAUUACAGCGUUUCUAAUGGUGUAUUUAUUGGUAUUUAACAGAGAUAUUUUUUUCUGUAUUUAUUGAAAGUCUCCUGUUAACAGCUUGAAUCAUGAGCUUUUUGAAGUGUUUGCCAAAGACAGGUUGUACCAGCAUACACACACACACACACACACACACACACACACACACACACACACACACACACACACACACACACACACACUGUUGCGUAGAUACUCACAAAAACAGAUCAGAUACCAACACACAUUAAUACAAAGAGACGAUAAAACAGUUUUAGUUCGCCUUCAGACUAACACCUUCAUCUCAAUAAAGAAAUUUCAAAAUGUUGAUUUCUGUAUUUAAAGUGGCCUUUUCUGAGAGAGAUACUCCAAGGUUUAUAGAUCAUUUAGCAGAAGCUUGAAUCAUCAAAUCUGAGCAUGCACCAAAAGGUUGGCUAUUCAUGUCAAACCCUCCUGGAAAAUAAAUGACAUGCAAAUACAUCAAGAGCAGGAACAAAGAUUCAGAACUCUGGACAGCACCAGGGCCAACAAAGUCAAGUCAUCCAUAGUCAAUGUUGUAUAGUACCGCGGUGUAUUGAUUGGCCAUAGAGAACACCUGCCGGUCUUGAGCCAACACACAUCUGUCAGCAAUAAAGAUGAGCCCCUGUUAUUUUCCUCGAGAGGAGGACGCUUGCACCUGACAGGUGAGUCAAUGUGUGGUAUGAAGAAGCCAGCGUACAUGAUGGGGUCAAAGUAGAGGGAACUGUAGACGCGUCAACUGCAGUCUGUCUUACCAUGUGUCUCACCAGUUCCCCACAUGUCGUCCAAACAGACUCCUGAGUUACAGCCCUAUAAAGGAAUUAUACCCUGGUCUGGAAAUUAGUAGAAGUUGGUUUUCUCCCUGGCUGCCAUUUGACUUCAUUUGAUUGAAUAAACUUUUAUUUAAAAUCAAAUUGGUACCGUCCACUUUUCAAUCAUGUUUGCCAAAAUACAGGUAAUUCGACCCGAUGGACAAAUGUGUCUGUUUAGGUGCUACCACUUGACAAAUGCGUGGCUCUGUUAACUGCAAGCAAUAAUUUAAAUGGUUGUAUAACGAAGAAUGUGUGCUGGCUUGUG